GAGCAUACUCGUAAUCUGACAGGUCACACUGCUGAUCCUGCCUUCCUACAACGUAUCACCUUCAUUUGUGUUAACCAUCAUCAAUUAAUAGAACGGUUGGACACAGUUCGAGCAUUCCACUUGGGCAAUAACUACAUGGUUGAGGUUGAUAUCGUUUUACCCCAUGAUAUGGAUCUUCACAAAGCCCACGAUAUUGGCGAAUCACUACAACAGAAGUUGGAGUCUCUCGACGAAGUAGAACGCGCUUUCGUCCACCUUGAUUACGAGUACUCUCACCAUCCUCAUUCUGAGCACAAACUAACCUGA